UUACCUAAUUCUUCUCGUCGCUCACUUCAAAGUAGAAAAAUCAAACUUCCUUUUCCACACUUCUCUGGCUAUGGCUGAUCUCCAAGUCAUAUCGAAAUUCGUGAUCAUCUUCACCUUCAUCGCGUUCCAUGCAAUUCUAACUUCCGAGGGGAGGUCAAUAAACUCAGCAUGGAAGGAUGAACUCCGUUCAAUAAACAACAAAAACCAAAUGCAAGAACAAGCAUCGCAAUUUAUCACUCCAAGUCAGUCUCCUAAGAAUGAUGAUCGUUCUGAUGUGGGGAAGAAAACGGUUCCUUCACCUACAGCACAUGAUCAGGCGGUUGAUUCGGGCAAGUCAGAGGCAGUGUACAAGGAUGAUUUGCGCCCCACAAACCCCAGGAACAGCCCCAGAGUGGGCCAUUCUUUUGUUGGCUUAAAGAAUGAAGCUGUUCGACCGAAAGCUCUGAGCGGCAAUGAGGAAAGGCUAACUGUUACGGGGACACCAGACGACUUCCAAUCCACUAGACCGGGUCACAGCCCCGGUGUUGGCCAUGUUUUUUAAAGCAAGAAUGAGGAACCAAAAGCCUAAAUACUUCAAAAUAAAAAGUUGAAGCUGUGUUGUGUUGUGUAAGUCCUGUCAAUUCUGGUUCAGUUAGGUCUCAUGUCCCAAAAUGUUAUUCUUCAGUUUCUCUGGAAAUGGUUCUGCUCGGUGUGUAUAAAAUUAUCUGUCAAUUUGGCAUUGAGAUAUGUAAUCAUUAAAUAAUAUUCAUCAGCUAUCAUAUGCGUUG